UUACGGGAGCUGGCAGGACGGGCUUCUCGAGAGACCCAAGAGCUUUCAAAGCACUCUCCUCAUUUGAGCACCCUCCAGGACCUCACUGGGCCCCAAAAAUUGCUCGUCGGAGACGCAUUGAAAUGUGGACAGCUUCUCAAUGGGAUUCAGGCCGACGUCAGACAGUUGGAAGAACAGCUUACAAGCAUGCGCCGAUCACUGCGCGGGCUCGAAAGCAGCAUGCUCAAAGCUGGGACUAGGAAGGAAGAGAUCAUUCGCUUCAACAAAGCCAAGAGUGAUAAAGAGUUUGCCAAGAUGCUAAAGGCAAGAACGCUGGGCCCAGAACAUCUUGAGACUCAAGCACAGUUGCGCAGAGAGAUCCGCGUACGUGUUCACAAGCUCCCGUACUGGUCUAUAAUGUAA